AUGGUUGCCCCUGCUGUCACUUUCAUCCACCCACCUUGUCUCCCCCCUUUCCUCUUCCUUCCCCUCUCCGCGUUGUGUCCCCUCCGCUGUCCCCUACUCCAGCGCCGUCCCCGCAAGGCUGAGAUCGGCAUACCCAUUUAUGGAGAGAGAGAGGAGAAGGGGGGGCGGGGGGGGGGCUGUGCAUGGCGCGUGCAGAGGGCAGCAGGGCGCACGGGGCGCACAGGGCAGCAGGGCGCACAGGGCAGCAGGGCAGCAGGGCGCGCGGGGCGCACAGGGCUGCAGGGCGCGCGGGGCGCACAGGGCAGCAGGGCGCACAGGGCUGGAGGGCAGCAGGGCGCGCGGGGCGAACAGGGCAGCAGGGCGCACAGGGCUGCAGGGCAGCUGAGCGCACAGGGCUGCAGGGCAGCCGGGCGCGCGGGGCGCGCAGGGCUGCAGGGCGCGCAGGGCAGCAGGACAGCAGGGCGCGCGGGGCGCGCAGGGCUGCAGGGCGCGUGGGGCGCACAGGGCAGCAGGGCAGCAGGGCGCGCGUGGCGCGCAGGGCUGCAGGGCGCGCGGGGCACACAGGGCAGCAGGGCGCACAGGGCUGCAGGGCAGCAGGGCGCGCAGGGCUGCAGGGCGAGCAGGGCACGCAGGGCAGCAGGACAGCAGGGCGCGCUGGGCGCGCAGGGCUGCAGGGCGCGCGGGGCGCACAGGGCAGCAGGGCAGCAGGGCGCGCGGGGCGCAGCAGGGCUGCAGGGCGCGCAGGGCUGCAGGGCAGCAGGGUGCGCGGGGCGCACAGGGCUGCAGGGCGCGCGGGGCGCACAGGGCAGCAGGGCGCACAGGGCUGCAGGGCAGCAGGGCGCACAGGGCUGCAGGGCAGCAGGGCGCGCAGGGCUGCAGGGCGCGCGGGGCGCACAGGGCAGCAGGGCGCACAGGGCUGCAGGGCAGCAGGGCACACAGGGCUGCAGGGCAGCAGGGCGCGCGGGGCGCAGCACGGGCUGGCUGCAGGGCGCGCAUGGCAGCAGGACAGCAGGGCGCGCGGGGCGCGCAGGGCUGCAGGGCGCGCGGGGCGCACAGGGCAGCAGGGCAGCAUGGCGCGCGGGGCGCAGCAGGGCUGCAGGGCAGCAGGGCGCGCGGGGCGCAGCAGGGCUGCAGGGCGCACAGGGCUGCAGGGCCGCAGGGCGCGCGGGGCGAACAGGGAAGCAGGGCGCACAGGGCUGCAGGGCAGCAGGGCGCACAGGGCUGCAGAUCCCCUCCCCCCCACUGCUGCACCCGCAGCAGGGGGAUGGAGGAGAAGGGGGGGGCGGGGGGGGCUGGUGCUGCAGAUCCCCUCCCCCCCACUGCUGCUCCACUAUCCGACACCCCCCAGGGAUGAAGGAGAAGGUGGGGGACGGGGGGGGGGUUGGUGCUGCAGAUCCCCUCCCCCUCACUGCUGCACCCGCAGCAGGGGGAUGGAGGAGAAGGGGGGGGCAGGGGGGGCUGGUGCUGCAGAUCCCCUCCCCCCCACUGCUGCUCCACAAUCCUUCACCCCCCAGGGAUGGAGGAGAAAGGGGGGGCGGGGGGGGCUGGUGCUGCAGAUCCCCUCCUGCCUCCCCCUGA